CAACAAUUAAAAAAAAAAAAAGAUUAAGAGGCGCCGUUGCAAAGGCAUUGCCUCGACCCAUAUCCAUAACCAUAACCAUAAGACGCCCAUAUGACUGUAGUACGCAGAAUAACAACACCAGUGUGAGAUAACUGACUGACUAAGGCUCUUGAAUGAGUCUAGUGUUUCCCUCAAAUCAAUUUUGUCACCAUUAAAUUUGGCUGAAUCAUCAAGGAUCUUAUGGAUAUUUAAUGUAUUUACCAAGGGUUAUACUUAUGGGCACUCAAAGGGAAUACGAGUGAUAUAACAGGAGUCUUAUCAGGAGCUCUAUAGUUUCUCAUCUCCAUUUGUCGUGUUCUCACAUGUUACAUAAAAUGCGACUGUAUCACGUGUAUCUUAUCGCUGUAGUUUCCACUCUGACGUUAUACUUCCAUAUUACAAGGCUUUUUCAAUUUACACGUAUACAUAGAAAAGAAAUAAUCCGAAUUUUAACGAUUUUCCUGUUUGUAUUGAUAGACUAAACUGCCAUACUGAUUGUUAUUUCACUAAUAUCCAGGCAGAUCAAGAACAGUUUCAACUGCUUGCUGGGAUAAGUGGCCACCGCCAUCACUUUCUCAGCAUACCCUGACUCAAGGUCCUUGGCCUGACUGAUGCCACGCCAGAAGAUUUAAGAAAAAAGCGACUCUGAGCCAGAAGAUCAGUCUAGCAGCAGGAGUCGGAGUUGGCAUUGUAGUACUAACAGCCAUGAUAGUACUAUUAAUUCUCGUUACUGUUGCUGUUUCAGCAUGUGAAGCCUAUACACCGGACGAUUUCAUCCACGCCCUAGGCGCUAGCCAUUUCGGAUACUGGGGACCAACGGAAGCCUGCCCUAAUGGAUCCUAUGCCUCUGCAUUCGAGAUAAAGCUUGAGCCUGCACAAGGCGCCUUCGAUGACGACACGAGCGUCAAUGCAAUCAGACUCCGGUGCUCGACCCCUGAUGGGGCAUUAGUUGGGGAAGUCACCUCUGACAGCAUGAACCGCGGAAGUUGGACCGGAGUGAAGGCCUGUCCACGGGGAUCGUUCCUCAAAGGGUAUCAGCUCAAGAGUGAGAGUGGUGGCCAUACUGACAACACUGCCGCCAACGCUCUUCGCAUGUGGUGUUCCGGAUCUGCCGAAGGACUGGAGGCCCCAGGGAACAAGUGGGGGUCGUGGUUGGAGCAUGUCAGCUGCAAGAAGGACAAGGUCAUCUGCGGCCUCAUGACGAGGGUGGAAGAGGACCAGGGCCUUCUUCUGGAUGACAGCGCCCUGAACGAUGUCAGGUUUCUUUGCUGUGACGCACCUCAGUAGUACUAGACUCAGUUUAAAGGUCCAUUGAGUGUGCAAGAUGUCUUGAAAGCAUUCUUCCCCGAAAUUUAAUUGUCAGUCGUUUUUUACGUCACACAAAGAACUGACAAAUGUUUUGCAUAGAUUGUCCUAUGACA